CUGACAAGGAUAAACGGAGGCCACACAAGUAGGAAGGCAUUAGGGUUUUUGGUCGUGAAUCUCAAUCUGUCCGAAAAAAUAACAAAUUCAGAUUAAAGAAUGCAACUUUUCUGAUCUAUUUCGCUGAAAGCAAUGGCCUUUUGGUGUCGAAUCAACCAAUCAAAGCUCAAGCUUUUCUCACAUCAGCUCAAGAGAUACCUACAGAUUUCUCAUGCUUCUUCGCUUAAUUACUCCACGACAUGCUCAACACAUUAUCUAUUGGAGAAUCCGUUGUCAGGUAUUCUUAGGAAGCGCACGGAUUUUUUCAGUAAUGUGAGGUUCUUUGCUGCUCCAGUUCAGACUAAGCCGAAGAAGGAAGAGAAGGGUACAAGUGGACCUCGUUUAAAUGAACAAAUCACUGCUCAUAUUGUUAGGGUUGUGACAGACGAAGAGCAUCAUGUUGUUUCCAGGCGUGAAGCACUUGAACGAGCCAGGAAACUUAAUCUUGAUCUGGUUGAGGUCCAAAGGAAUGCUGAUCCUCCUGUCUGUAAAAUAAUGGACUUCCAUAAGGAAAGGUACAAGCAAGAAGUUAAGGAAAAGGAACGCGCUAAAAGCAAGUCUCAGGGGACUCUGAAAGUGGGAGAUUGCAAAGUAAUUAGGUUUUAUCCAAAAUGUGAACUGAAAGACUUGAAGAUAAAAGCUGAUAUGGUUAAGAGAUUGAUGGAGCGUGGUUAUCGGGUGAAGUGUGUGGCAAAGCCCAAGGGUGCUGAAGAUCAGGAUCUGGGAGAAUUGUUAUCUCGUCUCUCUGCCAUGAUCGAAGAUGUAUCUGUAGUGGAGAGUGGACCUAGGGUGGAGGCAUCACAGGCAUAUAUAGUUGUCAGGCAUGUCAAAUUUGGCCCAUCAAAGAAAGGUGGAGGGAAAAAAUCAAAAGCGGCUACCAAUGCAAGUGCUGGGGUUCAAGAGGGUUCCACGUCUGCUACAUCUGCGGUUAGUCCUGAUGAAGAAGAUGAAAGUAUAGCCGAUAAUGAGACUGCCUGGUCGGUGGUUGAUUCAAAUGAUGAUUUUGAGAGUGUAUUUGAGUUGAGCGAUGAUAUGAAUGGGGCUAGUGCUUAUCCUGCGGAUGAAAUGCAUUCUGCGGCUUUAACAGCUUCCUCUUCCACAACCUUCAAUAAGUCGGAUAUUGGGCACCGAAGACCAGUGCCCAAUUCUAAGGCAAAUACACACCCAUCAUUCCCACCGCAACCUUCCCUGGAGACAGUAAACAGGUAUGCAAGAAGUGAGUCGAAGAAUCAGUUCCCACCUGCAAAGCCAACAGACAACAGGAUUCCGGCUACAAGAGAUCCAUAUCCUCGAAGGCAAAUGCCACAGGAGACGAACCUCAGACCAUCGGUGAGUGAAGGGAGGCAACCUGGGGGCAGUUCUCCUUUCCCAGACUUAAAGCCCUCUUCCAAAGACGUUCGCAGGCAAGAACAUUCUCGUCCUAAUGCUUCUGAUACCCCACGACCUAGUUAUGGAAUUUUCAGUACACCAAAUGCAAAUGCUCCUCGGAACCAAGGUCAAGGAAGAGAUGCUCGUUGGAACCGAGAAGGAAGCUCUAACGACACUGCCACGAUUCCUGGCACAGGAGGGGUUGUUGCAAAACAGAACCAAAGGCCGGUUGAUGAUAAGGCUGGACAAGGAAGGUGGGGCAUUUUUAGUAGAGAGGGCUCAGCUGCUACGCCGGACGGACAUCCAUAGAUAAUAUAUCAUACAAUUAUAAGCUCAGCAUGUAACAUUAUGGUACUACAUUCAAAUACUAGUAGGGGUAGUGAUUUUGGCUGGAAGUGUUAUCAAUAAGCAUGCCUGGUUUCAUGGCUUCAAAUUAUUUUUGAUCUUGUUCUGAAGGCUGAUCAGUCUAUGGUUGGUUGAUUUUGAAUAAUGACAGUCAACAUCACUGUAAAUUUAGUUCCUUUGCUACUAC